UUGCGCUGAAUGAAAGGCAGGGGCUGGAAGCGCCGGCAGUCUGUUAAUGCGCGUGGAGCGUCCGGCAAGAAAACUAACCCCCCGGUCCGGCGGCGGAGUCUGGUAACCUUCAACACCAGCAGGUCGCGAGCUCGAGCCAGAACCAGAACCUUCAGAAACUACUCAAACCGGACUGAUCUGACCCAAUUUAUACCUGUAUUACCUGCUUUAGUUUCUCUAAUGCUGUGAACAAAGAGAGUGCAUGCUGUUCCUGCGACGAUUCUCAUUAUGCCGGUGGAAUUGGCUAUGCCUAUUUACCACGCCAACGACGAAUUUCAGAGCAGAAAGUCUUCCAAGUACAAGAGACCCCUGCGGCCAUGCCUGCACCCGAACCGGGUCCCCCCGCUCGGCUUCCGCUCGCCUCCGCAGCAGCCCGAGCGGAACGGGGUGCAGGAGUCAUCUCUGAAGGACCGCGGCAGGACGAAGAAGCAGGUGUCCUUCGCUGACCACAAGGGGCUGGCCCUCACCAUGGUGAAGAUCUUCUCCAAGUUCGACGAUCCUAUUGAUGUCCCGCUCAGCAUUCAGCAGCUGUUCUCCUCUGCGCUUCGCGUCUCCGAAGAGGAGAAUAAGCUCGUCCUCGACUUUGCGCAGCCGUCUGCAGAUUACCUGCGGUUUCGUCAGCGCCUGGAGGAGGACCUGGUCUGCUUGGAGAACUGCAUGCUGAAGGACAGAGCCGUGGCGGGAACCGUCAAAGUCAAAAACCUUUCCUUCGAGAAGUUUGUAAAAGUGCGCAUCACAUUCGACACGUGGAAGAGUCACACGGACGUCGAUUGCCUGUACAUCAAGGACACUUACGUCGGCUCAGACCGGGACACGUUUUCGUUCGAGGUGAAUUUACCUGAGCAGGUGCCGCCUCACGAACGAAUCGAGUUCGCCGUCUUCUACGUGGUGAACGGCAUCACGUACUGGGACAGCAACCGAGGACAGAACUAUAGAAUUAUCCACUCGUCCCUGAAGAGGAGUUCGAUUGACUUUAUGAACAGCAGCAGCAGCGCCCACCAGCGCUACGGCGGCGGCGGUGACUGGGACAUACACUUCGACAGGUACGGAAGCCCCAGGUGUUCACAUGGGAUUUUCGCUGAGUGGCCAAGCUAUGCUGGGUAUGAGGAACUUGGCCCAUAUUACUGACUCAUCCUUCAACCUUCGUCUCUCAUUCUUUGAACAAACAGAAAGCCCCAAAACUCUAAAACAAGGAAAUAAUCUAUAAUACAAAGCCAUAAUUCCAACCUCAGGUUUAUCUCCCUGUCGUCAUCACCAGUCCUCACUUAGGUUACUUAGAUUCACA